AGGCGGGAGCGAGGGAGCGAGGGAGGGAGCGACGGAGGUAGAGAGGAGUGUAGGAGCGAGGGGAGGGAGUGCAGCUUGGUUGCUCCGUAGUACGGCGGCUCGCGAGGCAGAAUCCCGAACGGGCCCCGGGACGGCCGGAGAGGCGGGCGGGGAUGGUGUGCGGGGCUGCGGUUCCUGCGUCCCCUCCCCGCGGCGUGUGAGCUGCAUUGAUUUGUCCCUGGGGCGGCAGCGCGGACCCGCCCGGAGAUGAGGCAUCAAUUAGCAAGGUAAAAGUAACAGAACCAUGGCACAGUUUCCAACACCUUUUGGUGGCAGCCUGGAUAUCUGGGCCAUAACUGUAGAGGAAAGAGCGAAGCAUGAUCAGCAGUUCCAUAGUUUAAAGCCAAUAUCUGGAUUUAUUACUGGUAAUUGGAGUGAUCAAGCUAGAAACUUUUUUUUUCAAUCUGGGUUACCUCAACCUGUUUUAGCACAGAUAUGGGCACUAGCUGACAUGAAUAAUGAUGGAAGAAUGGAUCAAGUGGAGUUUUCCAUAGCUAUGAAACUUAUCAAACUAAAGCUGCAAGGAUAUCAGCUCCCCUCCUCACUUCCCCCUGUCAUGAAACAGCAACCAGUUGCUAUUUCUAGUGCACCAGCAUUUGGUAUAGGAGGUAUUGCCAGCAUGCCACCGCUUACAGCUGUUGCUCCAGUGCCAAUGGGAUCCAUUCCAGUUGUUGGAAUGUCUCCACCCCUAGUAUCUUCUGUUCCCACAGCAGCAGUGCCUCCCCUGGCUAAUGGGGCUCCCCCUGUUAUGCAACCUCUGCCUGCAUUUGCUCAUCCUGCAGCCACAUUGCCAAAGAGUUCUUCCUUUAGUAGAUCUGGUCCCGGGUCACAAUUAAACACUAAAUUACAGAAGGCACAAUCAUUCGAUGUGGCCAGUGCUCCUCCAGUGGCAGAAUGGGCUGUUCCUCAGUCAUCAAGACUGAAAUACAGGCAGUUAUUCAAUAGUCAUGACAAAACUAUGAGUGGACACUUAACAGGUCCCCAAGCAAGAACUAUUCUUAUGCAAUCAAGUUUACCACAGGCUCAGCUGGCUUCAAUAUGGAAUCUUUCUGACAUUGAUCAAGAUGGAAAACUCACAGCAGAAGAAUUUAUUCUGGCUAUGCACCUAAUUGAUGUAGCUAUGUCUGGCCAACCACUGCCACCUGUCCUGCCUCCAGAAUACAUUCCACCUUCCUUUAGAAGAGUUCGAUCUGGCAGUGGUGUAUCUGUCAUAAGCUCAACAUCUGUAGAUCAGAGGUUACCAGAGGAACCAGUUUUAGAAGAUGAACAGCAACAAUUAGAAAAGAAAUUACCUGUAACGUUUGAAGAUAAGAAGCGGGAGAACUUUGAACGUGGCAAUCUGGAACUGGAGAAACGAAGACAAGCUCUCUUGGAACAGCAGCGCAAAGAGCAAGAGCGGUUGGCGCAGCUGGAGCGAGCGGAGCAGGAGAGGAAAGAGCGUGAGCGGCAGGAGCAAGAGCGCAAGAGGCAGCUGGAGUUGGAGAAGCAGCUGGAAAAGCAGCGGGAGCUGGAGCGGCAGAGAGAAGAGGAGAGGAGGAAGGAGAUCGAGAGGCGGGAGGCUGCAAAACGGGAACUUGAAAGGCAACGACAACUCGAGUGGGAACGGAAUCGAAGGCAAGAACUGCUCAAUCAAAGAAACAAAGAACAAGAAGACAUAGUUGUACUGAAAGCAAAGAAAAAGACUUUGGAAUUUGAAUUAGAAGCUCUAAAUGAUAAAAAGCAUCAACUGGAAGGAAAACUUCAAGAUAUCAGAUGUCGAUUGACCACGCAAAGGCAAGAAAUUGAGAGUACAAACAAAUCCAGAGAGUUGAGAAUUGCUGAAAUCACCCAUCUACAGCAACAAUUACAGGAAUCUCAGCAAAUGCUUGGAAGACUUAUUCCAGAAAAACAGAUACUCAAUGACCAAUUAAAACAAGUUCAGCAAAACAGUUUGCACAGAGAUUCACUUCUUACACUUAAAAGAGCCUUAGAAACAAAAGAACUAGCUCGGCAGCAGCUACGAGACCAGCUGGAUGAAGUCGAGAAAGAAACAAGAUCAAAACUACAGGAGAUUGAUAUUUUCAAUAAUCAGCUGAAGGAACUAAGAGAAAUCCAUAAUAAGCAGCAACUCCAGAAGCAAAAGUCCAUAGAGGCUGAACGACUGAAACAGAAAGAACAAGAGCGAAAGAUCAUAGAAUUAGAAAAACAAAAAGAAGAAGCCCAAAGACGCACUCAGGAGAGGGACAGGCAGUGGCUGGAGCACGUGCAGCAGGAUGAGGAGCAUCAGAGGCCAAGAAAACUACAUGAUGAGGAAAGACAGAAAAGGGAAGAGAGCAUCAAAAAGAAGGAUGGUGAGGAAAAAGGCAAACAGGAAGUGCAAGACAAGCUGGGUCGGCUUUUCCAUCAACACCAGGAACCAGCUAAGCCGGCUGUCCAAGCACCCUGGUCCAUCGCAGAAAAGGGUCCACUAACCAUUUCCGCACAGGACAAUGUAAAAGUGGUGUAUUACCGAGCGCUCUACCCCUUUGAAUCCAGAAGUCAUGAUGAAAUCACUAUCCAGCCGGGAGACAUAGUCAUGGUGGAUGAAAGCCAAACUGGAGAACCCGGAUGGCUUGGAGGAGAACUAAAGGGAAAGACAGGCUGGUUCCCUGCAAACUAUGCAGAGAAAAUCCCAGAAAACGAGGUUCCUGCUCCAGUCAAACCAGUGACUGAUCUGACAUCUGCCCCUGCCCCCAAACUGGCUUUGCGUGAGACCCCUGUUCCUUUGGCCGUGACUUCGCCAGAGCCCUCCACGACCCCCAACAACUGGGCUGACUUCAGCUCCACGUGGCCCACCAGCACGAAUGAGAAACCGGAAACGGAUAACUGGGAUGCGUGGGCGGCCCAGCCCUCUCUCACUGUUCCGGGUGCCGGCCAGUUAAGGCAGAGGUCGGCCUUCACCCCAGCCACGGCCACCGGCUCCUCCCCGUCUCCUGUGCUGGGCCAGGGUGAAAAGGUGGAGGGGCUACAAGCGCAAGCCCUGUAUCCUUGGAGAGCCAAAAAAGACAACCAUUUAAAUUUUAACAAAAAUGAUGUCAUCACCGUCCUGGAACAGCAAGACAUGUGGUGGUUUGGAGAAGUUCAAGGUCAGAAGGGUUGGUUCCCCAAGUCUUACGUGAAACUCAUUUCAGGGCCCAUAAGGAAAUCUACAAGCAUGGAUUCUGGUUCUUCAGAAAGUCCUGCCAGCCUAAAGAGAGUAGCUUCCCCAGCAGCCAAGCCAGUCGUUUCGGGAGAAGAAUUUAUUGCCAUGUACACUUACGAGAGUUCUGAGCAAGGAGAUUUAACCUUUCAGCAAGGGGAUGUGAUUUUGGUUACCAAGAAAGAUGGUGACUGGUGGACAGGAACAGUGGGCGACAAGUCCGGAGUCUUCCCUUCUAACUAUGUGAGGCUUAAAGAUUCAGAGGGCUCUGGAACUGCUGGGAAAACAGGGAGUUUAGGAAAAAAACCUGAAAUAGCCCAGGUCAUCGCGUCGUACACUGCCACCGGUCCUGAGCAGCUUACUCUGGCCCCUGGUCAGCUGAUUUUGAUCCGAAAAAAGAACCCAGGUGGAUGGUGGGAAGGAGAGCUACAAGCACGUGGGAAAAAGCGCCAGAUAGGCUGGUUCCCAGCUAAUUAUGUAAAACUUCUAAGCCCCGGGACAAGCAAAAUCACUCCAACAGAGCCACCUAAGUCAACGGCUUUACCUGCAGUGUGCCAGGUGAUCGGGAUGUACGAUUACACCGCGCAAAACGACGACGAGCUGGCCUUCAACAAGGGCCAGAUCAUCAACGUCCUCAACAAGGAAGACCCCGACUGGUGGAAAGGAGAAGUCAACGGACAAGUGGGGCUCUUCCCGUCCAAUUACGUGAAGCUGACCACAGACAUGGACCCAAGCCAGCAAUGAAUCAUAUGUUGUCCAUCCCCCCCUCAGGCUUGAAAGUCCUCAAAGAGACCCACUAUCCCAUAUCACUGCCCAGAGGGAUGAUGGGAGAUGCAGCCUUGAUCAUGUGACUUCCAGCAUGAUCACCUACUGCCUUCUGAGUAGAAGAACUCACUGCAGAGCAGUUUACCUCAUUUUACCUUAGUUGCAUGUGAUCGCAAUGUUUGAGUUAUUACUUGCAGAGAUAGGAGCAAAAAUUACAAAAUUACACAGGGUAGUGGGUCCUUUUGUGGCUUUCCUAGUUACUCAAAUUGACUUCCCCCCACCUUUGCACAGGUGCUUUCAAUAGUUUUAAAAUUAUUUUUAAAUAUAUAUUUUAGCCUUUUAAUAAACAAAAUAAAUAAAUUACUUCUUUGCUAUCUUGGUUUUGCAAAAAGACCCACUAUCAAGGAAUGCUGCAUGUGCUAUUAAAAAUUGUUCCAAAUGUCCAUAAAUCUGAGACUUGAUGUAUUUUUUCAUUUUGUCCAGUGUUACCAACUAAAUUGUGUAGUUUGGGGUUUUUCCCCCACUAUAGAAUUUCAGAGGAGUUUAGAAUAUUUGUUUUAAAGACAUGUAGAAUGAGCCCAAUUAAACAGAAGGUGUUUUGUGCUUGUUUGUAUCAGAUGUACCUUGUUGAGCAUGUAAUACAUCCUGUACAUAAGAAAUUAGUUCUUCCCAUGGCAAAAGCUAUUACCUUGUAUGAUGCUCUAAUCAUAUUGCAUUAAUUUUAUUUUGCACAGUGACCUUGUAGCCACAUGAGACAGAACUCUCUGUUUUUGUUUGGUCUCAGAUUUAUCUGGUUGAGUUGGUGUUUUGUUUUGGGUUUUUAAUUUCGAGUGUUUUCAUACCAUAAAAUAAGCAGACAACACCAUCACGGUUGUUACCAUCAACAAAAUCCACAAUCUCUUUUUAGUCUUGUUACAUGAAGUUUUAUUCCAAUUACUUUUCAUGGAAUGACAUAUUUUGAACAAGUAAUUUUCUUGACAAGAAAGAAUGUAUAGAAGCCUCCCUGCAAUUAAUUUCCAAUGUUUACAUUUUUUAACUAGACUGUGGAAUUUCUACAGAUUAAUAUGAAAUGAAGCUCAUGGUCCGUUUAUGUGUUAGAUGUGCUGUAGCUGAAGCCCUGUUUGUCUUUUAAACCCUAGUUGGAAGCUCUCAAUAAAAAUGCCCGCUGCUGACAGCACAGAAAAUGGGGUGGGGGAGCCCCAAGCACAAUCUAGCUGUCCUACUAAUGACUUUGUAAUGUGUACUCCCCUUCCGUUUCCCGUCCCCCUCGGGAGACUGUGCUGGUGGUCGCGAGGGGUCCUUUUCCAUUCACACAGUGCGGAGAGUGGGGACCGCUCCUCCCCGUUCAGUUGCACUUCAGUAUUUUCAUGGAUAUGAAUGUAAAAUAUAUAAAUAUAUAAACCUGCGGCUUUAACAACUGUAAUACAACCUUUUGAAUUAGUUACGUGUAUAGAUAAUUAAAUUCUUCAUAUAAAAGUUA